AUAGAAUACUUUAUCUCAACCUUAAUGCACAAAAUGACCAAAGUAUUCAAUUGAUAACAAAUAGAAAAUAUCAAUCAGUUUAUAAUCUUUUCACGUGCAAUUAAUCAAAUUUCUUUGGCUGGUAUAUACCGACGACGCGUCGCAUGACUUAAAGAAAGAAACUUCAUUUCUUCAGAGACGCGAAGCGCGGAAAUUCUUCCUCUAACGGUUUUUCAAUAACAAUGUUAUUUAUAAAAAAUUGUGUUUCUAUUUUAUUAAUUCUUCUAAUUCCUGAGAUACUAUCCGCUAACAUUUUGGGCUUGUUUACAAGUACACAUAGAUCACACAUGUUAGUGUAUCAGGGUGUUAUAAGAGGUCUACUCAAAAGAGGUCACAAUAUUACUAUUGUAACAAUUUUGCCAAUAGACGAUAAAGAAAUUAUUUCGAAAAAUGUGACAUUAAUCACGCUGAGAAAACCUCAAAAAGCUGUUCCAGCACAUGGAAUAUUUCGUCAGAUAGCUGUAAUUGAAGCCAAUGGCAAAGUGUUUGAUGAUCCAUAUUUACAAACGUUCUUAGCGAAUAAUAAUACAUUUGAUUUAGUUAUUCUUGGCUAUUUAUUCAACGAUUAUCAACUAGGACUGGCAGCACAUUUUAACUGUCCAACCGUAGUGAUUUGGACAACACAGGCAACCAGUUUUGUCAAAAGGUUUAUUGGAGAACCUAAUCAAUGGAUGGACGUUCCACAACCGUAUGUUAGAAGUCAGGCGGUGGGAGUUCGAGGUCUAAUGUAUGGAGCUUUUGAAACUGUUUUUAGAUGGAUUGUGGACUUUUUAAUGAACAAGCUUUAUCAGAAGUACUUUUCUGCAUCAAACUACCCCAGCUUGACCGACUUACAAAACAACGUUUCUUUAGUUUUAUGUAACCACCAUUUUAGUGAAGGGCCAUUUGAAGCUCAUUUACCAAAUUUAAUUGAGAUAAGUGGAAUUCAAAUUAAGGACACCGAUCUCCUUCCGAAGGCCCUUCAAGAAUUCAUGGAUUCAGCUGAUCAUGGGGUGAUAUACUUUAGCCUUGGAACAGUUGUAUCAGCAAAACAACUUGGGCCAAGCAUUUUGAACAUUUUUCAUGAAGUAUUUUCUUCAAUUCCUCAAAAAGUUAUCUGGAAAAUAAAUAACCCGGUGAAAAAUUCUUCAAAUAUUUUUACCAGCAAAUGGCUUCCGCAAAGUAGUAUCCUAGCCCAUCCUAAAACAAGACUUUUUAUAACUCACGGUGGUAAAGGUAGCAGAAUAGAAGCACUCAAUUUUGGAGUGCCGAUGAUAGCAAUACCAUUCUUUGGCGAUCAAUUUGCUGGUGCUCGUCGUUUGGUGAAAAAAGGGUUAGGCUUACAACUUGACAGUAAGAACAUUAACGAAUCAAUACUUCGCCAGUCUAUCUUUGGAGUGUUGUAUAAUAACACCUACUCUAGUAAUAUUAAAGAGGCAUCUCAGAUAUUUAAAGAUCGCCCAUUAACUGCUGAACAAACUGCAACUUAUUGGAUAGAAUAUGUUAUUCGACACAAAGGUGCUUUGCACAUGCGAAGUCCUUCAAAACAACUCAACUUACUUCAAUACCACAAUAUUGAUGUGUAUCUUUUGUGUGUUUGCUUUGUGUUUAUUGUAAAUAUUUCGCUAAGAAUUGUUCAUAUGUGCUCAGUGAAUGUCUAUCGACGAGUAUCAAUCAUCCUACGCAAAAUCAACAAUGUUCUCGUAAGCUGAAGCGCACCUUUGUAGUAAUACAAUCAACUCCUACUCCAUCCUCUCAGUACUUGCAUGUUUUUUUUUUUUAAUGAAGUGGAUUUUUGUUUAACCAGUGGUGGAUUUAUUAGGGUUUUGGAGACAAUUUUCUGGAUCCCUACUUAUUAAAAAAGGUACUCAAAUUAUACAAACAUUUACCCAUAAAAAACUAGGUCGUUAUUGUCACUUUGACUAGCUUUAUUUUAUACACAUUUAAGUUUAUUUAUUAAAAAAAAAUAUUUAUAAAAAAUUAAGUAAUAGUAAAUAGUAUAGAAUGUUGCCAAACAAGUAUUAUUAUUCAUCUGUUUAUUGCUAAU